UUAUUAUCAAUCAAUCGCCAUUUCCGAUUAGACUAUUCCUUAAUUUAUCUAAUAAUGAAGAACCUGGUUUGGAUGAUGAAAUUGUGGGAAUUCUUCUCUUUCCCUUGAUCGUACUCAAAUCAGGCUGAGCUGUUUGUCUUAAUAAUAAUAAUAAAAAAAAACACAGAUUUGUAUAAUAACAAUAAUAAUUAAUCAGUAGAAAUCUGGGUUAAUGGAAAUUAUAAGGAGAGAUGAUGAUGCUGAUGAUAAUGGCAGCAAUAGUAUUAGUAAUGUCGAAGGAGAUUUUGAUGAAUCAUCGGUUUUGAGAUCGACCUUUUUCUUGGAUAAUGUUGGGGAAGUUUCUCUCGUUCUGAAUUCUGAAGGGUUGUCUUGGAAAUUGCUUGAUUCUUUCGAAACUGAUGACUCGAUUUGUUUAGGAAUUAAAUUUGUUCCCAAAGUUGCUACUGAGAUAAAGUUUUCGGGCACAUAUGGUGUUGAGAUAACAAACUAUGGUUUAAUUCAUGGAUCAAAUCGCCCUAAUGUUGGAAAAUAUCUUUUAAGUCGCAAGUCGCAUGACUCUGAGAUGCAUCGAUUUACAGUGCAUGGUGUCCAAAAGUCUCAGACCCAGCCAUGUCUUUGGGUCUUAACUGCAUACACAUUUGGUCACAAGGAUCUGCAGACAUGUCACAUUUGGGUUAAUCGAAUUAAGGCUUCCCUGAAGAUAGAAGUGGAGAGGCCAAAGAAUCUUCUGGUUUUCGUUAAUCCAAGGAGUGGGAAAGCACAUGGCUGUAGGACCUGGGAAACUGUGGCUCCUAUAUUCUCACGUGCUGAAGUAGAAACAAAGGUGGUUGUGACACAGAGGGCAGGACAUGCAUUUGAUGUGAUGGCAUCUCUUGCAAACAGGGAACUCAGUGCAUAUGAUGGUGUCGUAGUUGUUGGUGGUGAUGGUUUCUUCAACGAAAUCCUUAACGGGUUUCUUCUUUCUAGGCAUAAAGCCCCUCACCCACCAUCUCCUUCAGAUUUUAUUCAUUCUGACGAGAGAAAAGUCAAUGCUUUAGUUCAUGAUCCAAAUGAACCAGUUCUUGAAGCUGCUAACAAAAUUGAAGACGAUGCUCCUCUUAUUUCAAGUUCUAUAUGCAAUGGAUUGGGAUUAAGAGAUGUUGGAACUGAAGAUGUUCCUGACAACACAGAUGAAGAUCUUGAGUUUCGACAUCUCAGAGAAAAUCUUAGAUUUGGAAUUAUUCCUGCUGGUUCAACUGAUGCAAUUGUCAUGUGUACAACCGGAACAAGAGAUCCUAUAACAUCUACAUUGCACAUUGUGUUGGGUAAAAGGGUGAACCUUGAUAUAGCUCAAGUUGUGAGAUGGAAAAUAUCAUCUACAUCAAAUAUUGAACCAUGUGUGCGCUAUGCAGCUUCUUUUGCUGGGUAUGGAUUUUAUGGAGAUGUUAUUACAGAGAGUGAAAAGUACCGUUGGAUGGGCCCCAAACGUUAUGAUUAUGCAGGAACAAAGGUGUUUUUGAGACACAGAUCAUAUGAGGCAGAAGUAGCAUACAUAGAAACUGAAUCAGGAAAAGCAAAUUCAACUGCUGGGAAAGGUCAUCUACUUAGCAGAAUUAGAGGUGCAUUGGAUAAAUCAGAAAGAGCAGUUUGUCGGAUAAAUUGUGGUGUCUGUAACACGAAGCCUGUUUAUGUGUCUACAAGAAAUCUCUGUGCAACCCCUUAUUCGCGUUCAGAAGGCACUAGAUGGAAGAGAUGUAAAGGAAAUUUCCUUAGUGUUGGUGCUGCUAUAAUCUCUAACAGAAAUGAAAGAGCACCGGAUGGUUUGGUGGCUGAUGCACACCUUUCAGAUGGUUUCCUGCAUCUCCUGCUGAUUAGAGACUGUCCUCGUCCUUUAUAUUUAUGGCACCUUACCCAGCUAGCAAAGAGAGGGGGAAAGCCCCUGCAUUUUGAGUUUGUGGAACACUAUAAGACCCCGGCUUUUACAUUUACUUCUUUUGGCAAUGAGAGUGUUUGGAAUUUGGACGGUGAGCUCUUUCCGGCACGCAAACUAUCGGCACAAGUCUUUCAAGGGCUUAUUAGUUUAUUUGCAUCUGGUCCUGAAGUUUAAGACUCUUUUUUCAGAUGGACUGUAAUUAGGUUAUUUAAUAACUUCAGUUUUGUUCCAUUCAAAUAAACCUAAUAUAAUAUUAACAGAGAUAAUAUGAAGGGGCCUUAGUUUCGGAGCGAGAUUUGGAAGUGUAGGAUAAGGGAUGAAUUUACGCUGUAACUUAUGUGUAAUACUAUUACUAACGACGCCAGAGGAACAGGAAAAGGUAAAGACAAAAUAUUGAACUUUUUGUAAUUUUUAGCCACAUAUCAACUUUUAGUUUUACCCUUUUAACUGUGUUCAGUAAAGGGUUUCUGGAAGGGGACCAGUCUAUUCCAUUACCAAUUGUCAGCCUCACCAUUGGAUUUCGUGUA